UUAAAAUGGACGGAUUUGAUUGGCCAAUUGCAAUCGGUCGUCCCAAAUCCCACGGCAGAGAAUCCUUCUUUAUACAGACAAAAUAAAAAAAAUAAAAAAAAGGGAAGUCCUCGUUGUAACCCGGACAAGUCCCGCAAAUUCCAGUCCAAUCUCCGCCCUUCCCUUUUUGCCAGAUUCCGACAUCUAUUUUUAGCAGCUUCCGACCCGAAAUCGCCGCGUUUCUCCCUCAGGUCUCAGCUGUUCUGUUGAGGAGGGUCCAAAUCCAGACGACCCGACAGCACACAAAUCGAUGUCCGUAAACAUAGUUCAAAUUGAACCAGUCCCACCAGAAGAAGAUGGACACACCUCAGCUCAGCCCCUCGACCCCACCACCUCCUCCUCCGCCUAUCCCAACCCCGCUUUGCUGCAUUACCGGUCCGGCUCCUCCACUCCCGGGAGCCGCCCGUCAUCCCCGACUAACUCACCGGGAAACGGCCUCACUCGGUUUUCCACCUCGGAGGCGCCACCGGAUUGGGUGCCGAAGAUGCAGAGGAGGACCUCCGCCAGGAAGGUGGGAGUUGAGAGGGCGUGGUAUAGCAAAAAGCGAGUGAAGGGGAUUGUGUGGGUGAUUGGAUUGUUGGUAUUUUUCUUCUUGAUGAAUUGGGUUAUGCUUUUGCGGCUUCAAGGUCAUGGGAUCCGUUCUGAAUCCGGGUUACGCGGGAAUUCGUCUCUGCCGUCGGUUUCCGUCACCAUUCCGGAGAAAUGGAGAAAAAUUGGUAGAGUAAAAAAGGCACAGAAAGGCAAUUAUGGAAGGAUGCUGGCUUUGGCCGCCCAUGCAUUGGCAGAGGGGCAGAGUAAACCUGAGCCGAAAGAUCUGUGGCUGGAGCCAUUAGUACCUUCUGUUUCUUGGAAACCUUGUGCCGACCAACGGAGCUGGGAACCUAAUGAGGGAAAGAAUGGAUUCAUUUUGGUCACUGCAAACGGUGGGAUGAACCAGCAGCGAGUAGCUGUUUGCAAUGCUGUCGCUGUUGCACGAUUACUCAAUUCAACUCUGGUUGUUCCCAAGUUUUUGUAUAGUAGUAUAUGGAGAGAUGUGAGUCAGUUCGGCGAUAUCUAUCAGGAGGAGCAUUUUAUUAAUUACUUGUCGCCUGAUAUUCGGAUAGUGAAGGAACUCCCAAAGGAGCUACAGUCAUUAGAUUUGGAAGCAAUUGGUAGUGUUGUGACAGAUGUGGACAUACCCAAAGAGGCAAAGCCAAGUUUUUACUUAAAACACAUAAUCCCCAUUCUACUUAAGAAUGGAGUCGUACAUUUUCUUGGAUUUGGGCAUCGGUUGGCAUUUGAUCCAAUACCAUUUCAGUUGCAGAGACUUCGAUGCAGAUGUAAUUUUCACGCCCUUCAAUUUAUCCCCAAGAUACAAGAAGUUGGUGCUUUACUUCUUCAAAGACUGCGUCAAAAUGAAACUCACCCUGGACCACUUGAUCGUUAUCUUGUUGGUUCAUUUGCAGAACCAGUCAAGAAACAGACUAAAAGUCGUGCUAAGAAAGCUUCCAGAUAUCUAGCUUUACACCUGAGGUUUGAAAUUGACAUGGUAGCUCAUUCUCUGUGUGAGUUUGGUGGAGGUGAGGAAGAGAGAAAAGAGUUGGAAGCGUAUCGUGAAAUCCAUUUCCCCGCAUUGACACUUCUCAAGAAGACUACAACGCUGCCUACUCCUGCAGAGCUCAGGGAAGAAGGCUUAUGUCCCUUAACACCUGAAGAAGCAGUACUUAUGCUUGCUGCUCUUGGUUUCAACAGGAAGACUCAUGUAUUUGUGGCAGGUUCACAGAUAUAUGGAGGGAGAUCAAGGAUGAUUGCUUUGACUAGCCUGUAUCCGAAAUUAGUGACCAAAGAAAAUUUGCUCACACCGACUGAACUUGAACCUUUCAUGAAUUUUUCAUCCCAGUUAGCAGCACUGGACUUCAUAGGCUGCACUGCUGCCGAUGCAUUUGCCAUGACCGAUUCAGGAAGUCAGUUAUCAUCCUUGGUGUCUGGUUUUCGAAUAUACUAUGGUGGAGGGAAAAUGCCAACAAUACGACCAAACAAACGCAGGCUUGCGAGCAUUUUUAUGAAGAAUUCCACUAUCGAAUGGCGUGUUUUUGAGCAGAGAAUUCGAAAGGCAGUUAGACAAACUAAACAUAUCCAACCAAGGCCUAAGGCGAGGAGUAUGUAUAGAUAUCCACGGUGCGACGAGUGCAUGUGCAACAUGACAAUAAUCUCCUGACUGUUGUUUCCUAGAGUUGUGUCAUGCUUUUCCCGACAACUUGCGGCAUUCGGAUAUCUGACUAGCCCUGAAGGGUACGUAUAAUUCUCCCUUUAAUCUGACCGGCCAGGACAAACAACCGGAGGUGGCCCUGCAUGAGCGCUCCCCUUGUUGCUGAUUCAAUUGUAAUAUGUAAAAUUCAUCAUGAUUUGUACUCUAACCAUUGAUCCAAUCAUAAUUUUAUUCAUUCAAAUUCCAUUUAUAAGAGUUGUGACAGCUAAAACUUCUCAU